AUGAUGUUAGCAACCGAUGGCUAUGGUGAUAUAGAAGAGAGAGGCCAAGAAUGUGAGAUAUGGAAGGAGAAAAGAGAAAAGUAUGAUAAUGGGGCAAUGGUGAGGAAAUGGAAGAGAAGGAAAGAGCAACAAUUGAGACAAACAAAAAAUAUUAUUCGAAAAUUUGCAACUGAAUGUGCCACUGCUAUCACAAUAUUAUUCGUGUCUAGCAUGGAAGCCUCUCUUGUUUCUUCUAAUGAAACAACUUCAACUCUCAAUAUGAUCAUUUCCAAUGUUCGAAAACGAUUGGUGAAAGACCUAAAUCGAGCAUUUAAGAAUCAUGGAAUGAAAAUGCGUGUUUUUGCACUAGUUGAUGACACCAUUGGAGGUUUGGCUGGAGGAAGAUACUACAACAGAGACAAUGUGGCUGCAAUAACUCUUGGUAUGAGCACAAAUGCUGCUUAUGUUGAACCAGCACAAGAAAGUGAGCUUGCACGAUCUCCCAAUUCAAAUGAACUGGUAAUUAGCAUGGAGUGGGGAAACUUCAAUUCCUCUCAUGUUCCUCUAACAUCGUUUGACACUAUUUUAGAUGCUGAAAGCUCAAAUUCUGGAAGUGGGAUUUUUGAAAAGCUUAUUUCAGGAAUGUAUUUAGGAGAAAUUGUGAGACACGUUCUGUUGAAGAUGGCACAAGAAACAGCCCUAUUUGGAGGCAGCGUGCCUCCAAAAUUGAUGACUCCAUACUCACUAAGAUCUCCAGAUAUGGCUGCUAUGCAUCAAGAUAAAUCAGAAGAUCGUGAAGUAGUAUCCGAGAAACUAAACGAGGUCUUUGCGAUCACUAGCACAACUCCAAUGGCACGCGAAGUGGUUGUCGAGGUCUGCAACAUAGUAACAGAGCGCGGUGCUCGCCUAGUCGGGCUGGAAUUUAUCAAUAAUAGAAAAAGCAUGGUUACGGUUGAAAUUGAACUUUAUGAACAUUAUAGGAUUUUCAGAAAUUACCUUCAUAGUAGUGUAUGGGAAAUGCUCGGCAAUGAUCUUUCGGAUAAUGUCAUUAUUGAACAUUCUCAUGGUGGCUCUGGAUCUGGUGCUCUAUUUCUUGCUGUUGCUGCUGCUUCUCACAUUCCCACACAACCUGUAGAGUCUUGA